AUGGUGGGCUUGCUGAAGGGGCUGAGGGCCGCCGUGUGCUGGGGCGGCUGCCUGGGGGCCGGGACGGCGGGGGCGGAUGAUUUGCAGUCGGCGAUCGACUUGGAGGGCGAGGAGGGGGUCGACUGGCGUCGAUUGAGGCCCGGCGUGCGCUGGGCGCGAUCGGAGGACCCCAUGCUGCCCGGCAAGGCCGGGGAGAAGGGGGGCGAUGCGAGACGGAGUGGGGCGGAGGAGAUGCGGCUCGGCCGCCGCGGGUACGUGUCGUGGGAUGAGGGCGCCCCGCGGAGCUGCUUGAUCGUGAGGCGGCCGAAGAGCGACGAAGCAAGCCAGGCAGUGGCGGACAUCGGCCUGUGGCUGCGGGAGCGGGGGAUCACGGUGGUUGCGGAGAAGGGGGCGCUGGCGGAGCUGCCACCGGAAUUCGAGGUUUUCGAGCCGCGGGGGAGGCCGGUCGAUCUGUGCGUGACCGUCGGCGGGGACGGCACUGUGCUGCACCUUGCAUCGCUGUUCGAGGAGGACGAGCCGCUGCCGCCCGUGGUUGGAUUCGCGCUCGGCGGGCUGGGCUUCCUGACCCCGUUUCACGUCAGAGAUUUCGAAAAGCAGCUGGCGAGGGUCCUGGCGGCCGAUCGCCAGGGCGUGGGAUGCACUCUCCGGUGCCGAAAGCGCUGCGAGGUGUACACGGGCGGCGGGCGCCGGAUGUCCGUGCACCACGCGCUCAACGAGUGCAUCGUGGACCGCGGCGCCUCGGCCAGCACCAUCACGGUGGAGCUGUUCGCCGACGGGCGCUACGUGACGACCGUCACCGCCGAUGGGCUGGUCGCGGCCACACCUUCCGGCUCCACAGCCUACAGCUUGGCCGCCGGGGGCCCCAUGGUGGCCCCCUCGGUUCCCUGCACGGUCAUCACCCCCGUGGCGCCCCUGUCUCUGUCAUUCCGCCCCCUGGUCGUGCCAGAGGGUUCUGAAAUCAUAAUCCACGUGGCGGACAAUUCAAGGUCGAUGGCCAGGGCGAGCUUUGAUGGCAGGCACCAGACUCGCCUGGUGCGUGGCAGCUCCGUGAAGAUAUCCAAUUCGAUGUGCCCCCUGCCGCUGGUGGGCGUGGGGGAGCUGGACGCUGACUGGUUCGAGGGGGUGGCGCAGAAGAUGAAGUGGCACCGGGGCACGGCAGAGGUGCCAAGGACGCUGAGGAAUGGGGAGGGGCCGGCAGCAGCGAAAGGAGAGGAGGGGGAGGAGGGGGAGGAACAAAAGGCGACGGCGAGGGGAUCUGAGUCGGCAAGGAGCCUUGGGAAGGUGGCAGCGAGGGGAUCCGAGUCGGCAAGGAGCCUUGGGAAGGUGGCAGCGAGGGGAUCCGAGUCGGCAAGGAACCUUGGGAAGGUGGCAGCGAGGGGAUCCGAGUCGGCAAGGAGCCCUGGGAAGGUGGCAGCGAGGGGAUCCGAGUCCGCAAGGAGCCUUGGGAAAUAG